AUGCAUUUCUCCUUCCAAGGCAAGAGCUUCAACGCUGAGAACACCGACGAGGUCCUUUCUCUCUUCAACGAGGAGACCUACGCCGUCGUCAAUGGCCGAGUCAUCCAGCCAGGAUUCUCCCUCGAGGAGUUCGGUUUGACCGAAGGCUUCCAGGUCGAGGAAGUCCCACGAAUGCUUGGUGGUAAGGUCCACGGUUCCCUUGCCCGAGCUGGUAAGGUCAAGGGCCAGACCCCCAAGGUCGACGCUCAGGAGAAGAAGAAGGCCAAGACUGGACGAGCUAAGCGACGAAUGCAGUACAACCGACGAUUCGUCAACGUCGUCCCAUCCUUCGGAAAGAAGAAGGGCCCCAACUCCAACUCUUAA